GCAAAACUACUGUAUGAUAAUGGCUGCCUUCGGAUUUUUAUUGGAAAAUCUCUCAUUAUUUAUCGUUGUUUUCUUCGAAGUAAGCAAUUUAAUGGUUGCAGAAGUAGAGCAUUAUAAGACUGCCUCAGGACUAGGCUGUGAAGCCUGCCAGCCAGGGACACAUCUUCUAGCUGACUGCACCGGGACCACGCCCACACGUUGUGAGCCGUGUGUUCCACAACUGACUUUUUCCACACAGUAUAAUGCAGCGCCUUCCUGUCAGCUCUGCAGUGGUGGGUGUCAUGGCCAUGCUGAGGAGCAGGUGGCGAAUUGUACAGUAACAAAGGACAGGGUGUGUGGCUGUGUGGAUGGUUAUUAUAGAUGGCAGCACUGGGGUCACUGCCAGAGGCACACCCCUUGUCGUCUAGGAUUUGGUGUCAAACAGUUAGGCAGUAGAGAGAAUAACACUCAGUGUGAGAAAUGUCGCCAUGGUUACUACUCGGAUCACGUGUCUCUUACUCAGAAGUGCAGGAAGCACACAGACUGCUCUGCCCUGGGCCUGGUUGAAAUGAAAGAAGGGACCAGAUUUUCUGAUGUUGUAUGUGGCCCUUGUCCCACUGAUGGCAACAUCACUGAUCACACAGCUGCUACCUCUGGUGUGACAGUUGACCCUGGUGUUGAGGGGCAGACAACAACCUUUGGCUUUGACCUAGGUACUGUUAGAAACAAUAUUACCAACUUUACCAUUGACAGUGUUCUUGAGAGACCAGCUGCACAAAUCAGUUGUUAUGGUAGGUGCAUGAAAAGAUGGAAGGUUUCAUGUAUAACCGCAUUCAGACUAGGUCUAUUUUGACCCGAGAAUGUCCUAAAAUGCAUCACCAAAUAACUUUUGAGUUAAUAAAAAUAUUUAAAUUACCCCUCAAUGUUUGGAUGGUGUAAUUACUAUGUCAGGUGGCACACUAGGACUGGGUUCCCAUGCCUAGAUCGAUCUAACAUGAUCGAUCCAUUUC